AUGACUUCCCAAUCUCAAGCUACAAUUCGCCUACAUAUUACGCCGUUGAACCCAGAGCUCCUUUCCCUCGUUCUGCCUCCCUCAGUCCGUUCCCUCGCAACGGACGUCUCCUUCCACAAUCUCCCAACGUUCCCGGAGAACAAUUACGGCUACGUGACAUUACCCGAAAUGGAGGCCGGCAAGGUCAAGAAGAAGUUGAAUGGCUCCAUCCUCAAGGGUCGGAAGUUUAAAGUAGAAUCUGCCCGCCAGCAGAAACGGAAAUCAGAUGAGGGAGAAGACCAAAAUAUCAUAUCAAGUGACAAAUCUUCCUCGGGCAAAAAGCUCAAGAAGCGAAAGGCUGAAGACACUGUCUUGGAAGGCUACGAGCUUCCGUCGGAUCGCAAAGUCAAACGAGGCUGGACGGAGUCGUCAAAUGAUAAAACAGAACGGCGAAAGAAGGAAAAGAGAUCCAAAGACAAACAGGAGAAGAGGUCCAAAACACAACUGAAGUCCAAGUAUACUGAAAAAGAGGAGUGCUUAUUCCAGACGAAGGUACCACCAAACAGGUCGGGGUCUACGGAUGAAAAGUCAAAAAAGCAAUCCAAGAAGAGCAAAGCGUCACCGGAUAUGGUUGUACAUGAGUUUUCUCAAACCACGACUCAUCCUACAUUUUUGCGCUCGAAUGACGGUGGUAGUAUUCUAACGUCUGCAUUUGAAGACGGUAAAGGUUGGGUGGAUGAGACUGGAACCCUGAGGGAGCCGGCCAGCGAGAAUGUCAGAAAGGAUCAAUACAGGCCAGGACAAGUUAUAGGCCACAAGGAAAAGCCAAAGUAUACCACAGUCAAACCCAAUCACAACGAUAUAGAGCCCAAAAGGGCGGAAUCGACGGAAUCAGAAGAUUGGACCUCAUCCAGUGGGUCAACAUCGGAAUUAGAUACCACGGAUUCAGAGGACGAUGCUUCCGUCUCAUCUAGCUCGUCUAGAAACUCUGAAGGGUCUAGUAUGGACUCGCCCCCAAAGCAACAGCACCAACUCUCAGAAUCCGAUGAAUCGGAAGAAGAACAACAGUCUGGGGCGGAACCAGAGGCAUCGUUUGGAGAAAAAUACACCUCAGCAAACAUCCAGCAGCAGCCGACUGGAGAGGUUCACCCGCUAGAAGCGCUUUUCAAGAAACCAGCCGAUCAGAAGAAACCCGACUCGGAUCCGCCUGCUCAGUUCAGCUUCUUUGGACAAGAUGCAGAUUCCGAAGAGGAGGGUACGGGAAAUAUAGCACCUCUCACUCCAUUCACCAAAGGGGAUCUGCAAGGCCGUGGGACGCGGAGUGCAGCUCCCACGCCGGACACAUCUCAAGUUACAAGGACCAUUAACUGGAACACCCCCGAGGAUUCCGAUAACAUUGGAGAGGAAUAUCUUGUGACCGACAGUCCAGUGCCCAGGUCAGUCGCUAGUUCCAAAAUAGAUUCAGACUUUGCCAAAUGGUUUUGGGAGAAUCGAGGAGAUAACAAUCGUGCUUGGAAAAAGAGGAGACGAGACGCCGCUAAAGAACAUAGGCAGAGAGAAAACCGCCGGAAAGGAAUGAAGGGGAAAUCCUGA